UAAUUCCUAAAGCAGUUUCUAAAAUACGUUGCGAUCAUAAGCACUAAGUCAUGUAAUAAUUGAAUUCUUACUUAUAUGUGUUUAAUGCUUUUAUGUGUUUAAUGCUUAGCUUUGUGUGUUUAAUUUUAAAUUUUGGCUUUAAAUUUGAAAAAAGUAAUAAGAUUUUUUUGUUUUUUACAAAUUACCGAUGGAGAUGGAUAAAGAUAAACAGAAAGGCCUUGAUUGGUUUGUUAAUUUAAAUUCAGAGCUAAGGCGUGAAAAUCAGGAAUUAAAUUUUAAAAAUAAAAAACUAGAAACAGAGUUAUUUUUCUAUAAAAAAAGUUCAGAAGAAUCAAAAGAAACAAUUUCGAGGAUAUUAAAGAAAAACGAUUCUAAUGAAAUGAGCUAUAUAUUUUUAAAUGAAUCAGCAAGAAAAUUUCUAAAAUACUUAUCUGAAGAAAGCUGUAAGAUGAAAGAAAUCAUUAAAAACAAAGAUAUCUCCUUAAAUGUUUCUAGUUUCAUUGAACAAAAAAUAAAAAUUGAGGAUUUGCAAAACCAGAUUGAUAGUCGGAAUAUUGAAAUCAGUACUCUUAAAAAACAAGUUGAAAACAAUAAUGAAGUUAGUAGUCUUUACUCAAAAAUAUCUUCUUUGAGCAUCGAGAACUUUAAUUUAAAAAUAGAAUUGUUAAGUAAACAAAAUGCUAUGGACUAUUUACAGACAUCUUUAAAAGGGUUUCAAAGUAACCUUGUUAAAAUUUUUUGCGAUUUGUACAAAGUAUAUGGCAACACCUUAUUAAAUAAGUUAAAAAGUGAUUUGAUAUUUUCUGAAUGUCUUGUACCAGAAUUCUCCUUUGAUGAUAAUAAAAAUCAAAAUUUGAAUGAUGAACUUAAUCAAUGCAAAAAAGUCAUUAAAGAUUUAUCAAAUCAGAUAAAUCUUUUAAAAGAUGAACUUAAUCAACACAAAAAAGUCAUUGAAGAUUUAUCAAAUGAUAAAAAAGAAAAUGAGCAAACAUUGAACGCUGUUCUUAAUGAAAUUGGUAAUCAAAAAGUUUUGAACAACAAAAUACAAGAGUUGGAGCGUCAGUUAUUUUUUGCAAACAAAGAUAAAGAAUCUAAAAUCCAAGAAUUUUCGAACACCAAAAUACCAGAGUUAGAGCGUCAGUUAAAAUUAGAAAUUGAAGGAAAAAAUUUUUUUAAAGAAAGAUGUGCUGAAUUGAAUAAAAAAUUGGAAGCUAAUCAAACACCGGUUCAUUCUAAUUAUAUACCAAAGUUUUCACAAGAACCUUUUGCAUUAUCUCCUUUAAACCCAAACAAUUUUCAACGAAGUACUUUAGUGUGUGAUGGUGGAACUGUUGUAAGAGAUGGUGCUAAAAGUGCUGAAAAACAAACAAAAAACCAAUCACUUCACUUAAGCAUUUCUGAUUCUAAAUUUGACAUAUACAGACCAAAAGAUCUGAGUCAUGAAGUUGUCAAAGGUCAGCGAGAUGUAAAAUUUACUCCAACAUCUCCACAGAAACAGGAGUGUGUAUAUUGUUGCGAACGUCAUCCAUUAGAUGAGUUAGAAGCACAUCAGAAGCUAUGUGAAAGCCGAUUUGAUUGAAAUCUAGUGAAAAAUGUUCUUCAUGCUUUACUGGAUAUGUUUGACCAUUGAAUGAAAACUGCUGUACAUGUGAAAGUUGGUGUUUUUGAUUGGUCUGAGUCAAAUAGAUUUUUAAAGCAAGCAGAGACUUCAUUACUAAGCAUCUGCAUCUUCUCGCAUACUCUCGGAAGUUCGGUUUGACACAAUAAAAAACAAUAAUUUUUUUGUUGCGUGUCGUAUUUACUAAACAAAAAAAUAUCAUAUUGUUUUGUAUCGUAUUUUUACGAAACAAGUAAAGCUUGUUUCGUUUUGUGCUUUAUUUUUAUGAAACAAGAAAAUUUUGUUUUGUUUUGUAUCAGUUUUUAUGGAACAUUUCAUAAUUCCCCCGCCCAAAACAGAUAUUCCCACACCCCCGAGCAAUACAUGAGCUUUAACAUUCAAGUAGAAUAAAUGUGCAUUUAAUACUAACUUAAUGUUUCAUAAAUAAAAGUUUAACUGAAAAGUUUAACUUUAAUUCGUUUCC